AUGGCAACGCAAUCAAGUGAAAAACAACGAGAUUCAAAUCAUGCAAAACAACCUGCAGAUCUUCAUUUAAGCGUUGUAUCAGCUCCUCGUCAAUCUAUAGGUGCUCGAGGCAGAUACUAUUACCGACCAUUGUUGGAAGCUGCAUACAAGGGUGAUUGGGAAUCUGCUAAAAAUUUUUUUGAACAAGAUCCUGCUUCAAAGAAGGCCAACAUAACAGACAGAUUAGAAACAGCGCUUCACAUAGCUGCUUUGAGUGCACAAGACCAAUUUGUUGAGAACCUGGCUAAGCUCUUGUCUGAAUCUCCAGACGCUGCAGACGCUGCAGACGCGCUUGAGAUGGUUGAUUGUGUUGGCCGCACAGCCCUCCACUAUGCUGUCCUGAGUCAAAGGAUAAGGAUGGUCAAGGCAUUAGUUAGAAGUAAUCCUAAGUUGACGCAACUUGCAGAUAAUGAAGGACGUGUUCCUUUGGAAGUAUCUGCUCGGCAAGCUUCUAUGCAUAAGGAGAUUCCCUGGUUCCUCGCGAAAAGGACAAUAAACGAUGGGCCAACUCACCCCUUCACCAGGCCCGCUGCAAUUGAUUUCAUUUUGGACCUCACCUACGCUGGUCAUCAUGGUAAAACCACCAUCACUCUUUAUCUCAAUUCCAUUUGUUUAUUCCUUUAUUCUAGACUUAGCUAA